AUGGAGAAACAGCUCUUCGCCAUCUUAAGCAGUGGUAGUAGAAAAGGUGGGAGUGCGGGGGAGAGACGGCAAGCCUUUUCUACGGCAUUUGAAGCUUCAUUAUUUUCCACCACGUACAAUGAACCUGCUAGCGCGAAAAAGGGGUCAAAGCGCCCCAAAGCCACAGACAAGGAAACCCGUGAAGAUGAGUGUCUACGGCAUGCUGUGAACUCAUUUUUUACUAUGCCGACACCGGGGCCACUAGAAACAUUCUUUUUGCGAGCUGCAGCGAUGCUUCACUCCUACACGCUGCUGCUUCCCGAAAAGGACGGAGAAGCAGGGGAGUUACCCGGUGUUGUAAAAGAGGCAGCUAUCGCAUUUUCCAGCGCAAUAUUCGCGCCACGGUUGCGUGCUGCGUGCGAAAGCCUUAAAGUCGAGGAAAAAUGUUCUGCUUGGGUGUCAACAAAUAAUUGUGGCGCGGGUGCAGAGGCAUUGAAUCAUCCUCUUUGGCACUGUUUUUUGUGUAUAUUUCUACAACAACUUUCAGCACGGGGUGGUAGCAUUGCUUCUUGGCGGAAAUUCAUCUCCGAUUGCGCAGAUGGGUCACAUGCAUCGGCGCAUCCACAAGAAGGUGAUUGUGGCCGCGACGAAAGUGAGGAAGACAAGGGAAGUAGCACCAACAUCACCUGUGAAGAUGAGUGCACACGCCUUGCUGUAGCUGCGUGGGGAGCUGUCUCCCUAAAACUACUUGACGCAACCGUAGGACGCACGCGUUACCGACGUACGGCUGUACUUUGUCGCUCUGUUUGCCCGCACAUCGUGGCACAGGCCCCCGGUACCACAUAUCAAUUACUUGAUAUCUUGCAUGGAUUUAUGAGCGCUUGGAGGGAGCGAUACAGCAAGGCAUCGUCAAAUGGAAGAGAAGGAAAGAAGGAAGAUGACGACAACACGGAGGAUGAAACGGGGGCCACCAUCGUGACGCUCUACGCGGAGCGUCUUGGUCACAUUGUUGGUGACGGUCAAACGCACGCCAUGCUUCUUGUCACUGCCAUUGGUGCUGUACUCAGUGCAACAUAUGUCCUUCCGAAGCGCCAAAGACACGGAACUGUGGGGAGUGGCGAUCCCUCGAAGUGGUAUCCGCCGCGCUGCGAAGACCCCUCGUUAGGGCUUACGGAAAGCGAAUGGCGUGCAACACACUUUCCCCCUAUUGGCCGGUUGUUGCAAUGCUUACACAUUCAUUCACUACUGAGUGUUCACGUUUUUGCAUUCUGUAUGCAACUACGGAUCGGCCUAUCCUCUUCGCAACACGCGGAAGUCCGACAAAGGUUGGCACUGUGCUUCUACCUGACAGAGGUCUGUCCGGUCCAUGUCGCACUCGCUAUUUAUUACUAUGCCACUUCUCCUCAGAAUGCACUCGCGCAAGGCUCUGGAGAGUUGCCAGGGGAUGGACUGAUGGCGUACACAAAGGCCCUUGACCACUUCGUGACUGCGGCUCAUAGUGAGUUGCUAUUCUCCGUAACAGAUUUACCAACCGGGCGUCGACGGCAACGUCACAACACGCGUGCUGCAUCCGGUACAAAGGACGGCGGCCCUGAUGAUGAUGAUGAUGAUGAACCCACAGCAGUAGAUGGUGAGUUGAAGGGCCCACGCUUCACAAAGAUGGAAUUCCCCGUGAGCUGCCCGACGUGGUCUCAGUACUUGACAGAGGGCACUGCAGGGAAGGCAACAAGUGGGCCAGCAGGACCUGCAACGAAACCAGUUGCAGGCACACUGCAGGUGGCUCCUUGCCGCUUCGUCGUGGAGCUGUUAGAGAUUGGGCUGCCAAUGCUUUCUGGGGCCACGAUACAUCUGUUGCAAAACGAAAUGGAUAUGGACGUGUGCGCGGUGUCAACCGCAGCCAUGCCUGCGGAGUGUGGAAGAGGUGUGGCAGCAAUCAUAAUGGAUCAUUUUCAUUCUAUUUUUAGCAGGACAAACCCUAGCACCGCGUGCGUGGGUCCACUCCCAACAGAACGGCAUUGGAAUACUUCCAUGAUUCGUGUGCUUGGGGAGUAUCUUCCCCUUCUGGAGGCUGUGUACGGCUACGUCGCGUCACAGUCGUUUAUAUCCUUUGUGCUAGAGCAGAUCACGAAGGGAUGUAAGGAUUUCUUGUCAGCAGUUUUGGACCGACAUAGCUGUAGCACAGACGAAAGUAAACAAAGUGUGCAAGCACUGGCGAGAAAAGCAUUAGCCUUGGCAGAGCGUUAUCUCAUUACAGUUGUCAUGCCCUGUAUGCGGGUGAUGUCACCCUCACCAAUCGUAUACGACCGACUGCAAGCGCUGUUUAAUCUCUUCAAAGAGGAAGCCCCGAAAGUAAGUUUUGGUACCAGUCCAGCGGAGUUCCUGCACACAAGCGUAUUCUGCAGCGCAUUGCUUGCCACUGGGGUUUCCAACGACACACUUUCUUACCGCGCCCCGCACGAGAGGUUACGGUCAAAAGAACUCGAUGCACUUUUUACACAGUCACUGAAACGACUCACUCUUGGAAACGUUAACCGCUACCGCUGUAUGCUGCGGCCCUCCAUAUAUGCCAACCCGUUGCUAGCUGCUGAAAAGAUGUUUAAGCAAGCUGUGGGGUACAAUAACAACUUUUUACUGAUUCACACGCAACUGCUGCGCGGCGCUCCUCCAGCUGUAAUGACUCUCAUCGCACACAUGGGCCUCCACCACAUGCAACACUAUGCAGAAAAUGAAAGAUUUGGUACUGCCGAUAGCACUCGUGUUUCUUGCAUUGCGACGUUCCUCGCUGUGCUAUGGCGGGAAAAUCCAAACUCCUUUGACGGUGGGCUGCUUUUGCGGGCGGCAGAACACUCACUAAGACGUGAGGGGCGUGCAUCCGUUGUUUUCGGUCUUGAGUUGCUGCGUGCUAUCUUACAUGAAUUACUAGAUACAAAAUUGGAGCAUGAGGGGAAGUUUACCCCAGAGCAACUGCAGGCGCUCGUCGCCCCUCAUCGCACGCAGUGGUUUGUAAAGGGUGCGGCAGAGUCGUUUCGAUGCGGCCGGUGGGACUCAACGUUUACACCAGUGGUGUUAUCUGCUUCGGAAGCGAAUCUGCGGAGUGCGCUGCAGCAACGUUGUAUUAUUCCGGCGGAGAAGGAAAGCAGUGACGACGAUGCCGCUGCGGCCAAUUGUGGAGACGGAACGACGUGUAACGAUAACGAAGAAAAGAAGGAGGAAGAAGUCGCACACAACAACACAACUGAGGAUCAACAGUGUGGAGGUAGUUGGUCGUCGGUGGUGGAGGUCACGUUAGGGCAAGCCAUCUUGCUGCACUUGUGUCGGCUACACAGCCGCAUAUAUGCCGUACAGUCGGAUCUCUCUGCACCGAUGCAGCUUCUAUUGCUUACCUGUGCCCGUGAUUAUAAUGUAAUCAAUGACCUCCUUCUUUGUAUGGAGACUUUGCUGACACAAGGCCCACCGCCAAAAGAGAUUUACAUGGUUGCAAUGCCACACAUUGCGCUUCGCCUCACUGCCCGCUUUGCAGCGAAUGGAAUAGUACGGCAAAGGCCGGAACAAAAGCAUAACGGGCACUUGGCAGCAACUGAACCUUCUCAUUGUGAGGGUGACGCCAAUAACCAUCAUCUAUGCGCCACUGUGGAAAGCAUUUUCACUGUGAUGCCGGCUGAGAUUGGUGAUCAUAUGGGAGACAUGGCGUCCCUAUGUAAUAUGGGUGGAAAUAUCUCCUUUGCACUCCUACAGAAGCUAUCGUGCUACACUGCUGCGCACUUUGUAUUCGAAGAGUCUGUGUACGUUGCGGCAGGAAAGGAACUUAACCGUUUUUACGUGAUCGGUAACAAAAAGCAGAAGAACAGAGACGACGUACCUAACACUGGUGUGAACGUGCAGAAGGAAUGCUUCCUGUUGUGGAUGCAGGAACAGACCCGACAACUAAGGUAUGAGAGGGAGUCACACCGCACCUUAUAUCAGAGGAGUGCCGAAUCUUUGGGACAGCUCCUUGACGAAUUGCGAAGCGGUGGUGUACUUACUGAGCCUGUUGAAUUUGCGAAAGCCUAUCUUUUGCCGCGUGCACUGAUUAGUCUGGAGGACACGUUAUUUGUAUUUCACUUCCUCAGCUGGAUGCUGAACAGCACUGAGGGUGAUGAGCGGAACCGGGUCAUAGACAUUGCGCUUUCGCUCGUAACGGCGGGUAUGAGCUUCUUUGUGGGGCUUACCGAUGGGGAGUGCAUGCGCUUAGGUGUUCUGCUAAGUUUUCUUCUCACACUUGUAGAAGACUGUGCGAUAGACCUCUCAGGUAACACGGGAGCUUCUGAUAGUGACGAGGGCACCGGUGGUGGUAGCGCUGCGGAUGGUGCAGCUUCAACAUAUCAACCACCUGGUAUUACCGCUGAGGCACUGAGAGCUCAUUUGGAUCCCGAAGCGCGGACUUUUCUAAACGUUCUUUCAGCAAGGGUCCAGGAGGAAGACGAGAAGGGGGAUGAGGAGGCCGACAAUCAGGUGCAGGAGGGUCCAACAGCUCCUUCCUACAGCAAGGUAGCGGCAUAUCCUCUGCAGCUGGAAGCGUAUCUCUGUCGUGCUUUGGUGCAGGUGCUUGUGCACCAGUGGGACGUUCAGUACCUUCACCGUAACGCCUUUAUUGUUCUUGAACACCUUACAAAAGGUAAGCAUCGGUUCCCGUCCACGCUGUGCGCAGCGGACUGGCUUAUUACCGUCGUUUCGCUACAUGCAGUGAAAAGCUCGUCGUCAUACGCCUCAGCAACGGCAGUGCUCCAAGCGCUCAAGGAGAACCGCCAACGACGUUGUGAGUUGGUGGAGAGAAGGAAGAGCGCGGGAAACUCGGUGAAGAAGACGAACAGAUGGCUGAAGCUACUGAAGGACAGAGAGGAAUUCAUGCAACUGUUGUUGGCUCCGGAUAUGGCAGCAGCUGAAAAGAAGAUCUGCGAGAGGGAAGCUGUCAUCGCUAGCAGUGUGGCACUGGCCGACGCUGAGGGUGACGAGGAAGGGGCGGUUGCGGUUGAGGAAGGCGCAGUGAAUGAUAAUGUGGAAAAGAAUGAAGAACCAAACGAAUCGGAGGGAGCUGAGGAUUUAGAUGAUAACAGUGAUGCCGCGGACGAUGCGCACAGCUCCGUUACCGGAGACAGGAGGGGAAGCAGUGGAGGUGAGUCAAGUUUCGAGGAGGAGGAGGAGGGGGAGGAUGAAGAAAGGAGUCCAUCAGCAUCUGCAUCUCAUGGAGACCCAAACCAUGGCUCUAUAACGGAUGGCAAGGGCCGCAACUCAACUUCUCCUCCACCGGAAGAGCCUGAAGCAAAUGAGGUAGCAAAUGCGAAAUCACGAAAGAGACCCCGAGAGGGCAGCGUGGAGCGCACCGGUGGCGAAGAGGAGACGUGA